CUCUUACUUAAUUAGCUAAUGCAAUCCAAUCAAUGUCGAAACUGUGGUGGCUACCAGUCUAUUUAAAACAACCAAGACGGAACGCAGUUGGAUCUGAAACUUGUUCGGGAUCUAAGCAGAUACCCCACUAGAAUCAAACCUUCUAUCGCGUCAUGUUGGUGCGGUCACCAUUCCCGUCACCUGGCACUAGCCGCCGUAUCUGUCGACGCCAUCUGUUCCUCCCAAGUCCAACCCCACACCGCUCACGCCUCUUCUGUUAUAGCCGGCGAACAGCGCUGGCCGUGGUAGGGCUUGGUGUGCUCUGGUUUGCCGACAAGCAGCUUAAUGCUUCCGCCGUGGCGCGAAACAUUCGGACGUUAUGCACAUGUACCCUCAUCACCUUGGACUACAAACUCAACUUCCAGCCAGAGAAGGCAAAUCAAAUACCGCAACUUCAUGAGAGAGUCGCAGACAGAUUAUACAACCUACUGACAUCCAAUGGUGGCCUUUACAUUAAGUUAGGCCAGGCUAUCGGUGCAAAUGCGGCUCUGAUGCCCCUCCCAAUGCAGGAUAGGUUCAGCCGCCUAUUCGACGACGCACCACAAAUACCUUAUUCAUCCAUCCUCUCUGUAUUCCAGUCAGAAUUUGGCCGUUCGCCAGCCGGCCCUGAUGGAGUCUUCGCGGAGUUCGAAGAACAAGCUGUCGCUAGCGCGAGUAUAGCCCAGGUCCACCGUGCAAGACUUCAAUCUGGUGAAUGGGUUGCAGUUAAAAUCCAAAAGCCAGAUGUAAGCAAGCAAGUGGAGUGGGACUUGGGCGCUUUCCGCAUAGUGAUGUGGAUGUUUGAAAGUUGGUUUGAUAUGCCUGCCUGUUUUGCUGUUGAUUUCAUCUCCCGCCAUCUUCGCGAGGAACUUGACUUCUUGCAGGAGGCAAGAAAUGCUAUCACAACAGCCAAAUUCAUUGCCACGGAGCCGCGGCUUAGCGGAAAGGUGCAUAUACCAAAAGUGUUCACGGAAUACUCCACGAGAAGAGUGCUCACCGCCGAAUGGGUUGACGGCGUUCGUCUCAGCGAUCGUUCAGGAAUUCGGAAGCUCAUGGGCGAGGACAAGCGCCCUGGGCUACAUCCACUGCAUCCGUCGCUUGAAGGUGUGCAGUUAAGGGGUGGGCUCCGCGCAAUCAUGCAGACGAUGGUCGAGUUGUUCAGCGCACAGAUGUUCAGCUGGGGUUGGGUACACUGUGAUCCCCACCCAGGAAACAUUAUCAUUCGCCCACACCCUCAACAUCGGAUGUACCCUCAACUCGUCUUACUCGACCACGGCUUGUACGUCAGGGUAGGAGAUGAAUUCCGACGGAAAUAUGCCGAGCUCUGGAGGGCCCUCUUUGCCACAGACUGGGAUACAGUAGAGGCCAUCACAACAUCUUGGGGAAUAGGAUCUCCCGACCUCUUUGCAAGUGCCACUUUAAUGAGGCCAGUGAGCUUCAGGAUGAGGAGGGAUGAAGACGGGAGCGGCGAUUCUGAAAACGGCACCAUGAAUCAAUACGAGCGGAGCUUGCAGAUGAAGGAAAGACUGAAGAACUUCCUGUACGAUACAGAUAAGAUGCCGAAGGAGCUUAUAUUCCUCGGCCGUAACAUGCGAAUAGUGCAAGGAAACAACCAGGUUCUCGGUUCUCCCGUCAACCGCAUCAAGAUAACCGCUUACUGGGCUUCGCGGUCGUUGACUACCACAACAAAUCUCACCUUUCGAAAACGAAUGAGAGAAUACUGGCGCUAUAUGUCGUUUAGAAUCAUAAUGUUCUCGAUUGACCUGGCGUUCUGGGCGAGUAAAGUACGACAGUGGAUCAGGACUCUAUUCGGCAUGGCGAGUGAAGGUUUUGAGGAUGAGCUAGAGAGGAACAUGAGAGGUUUUGCGAAGAGUGCUUUCGGAGUAGAUGUUGCACCAGGUGUUUUCUCCGGAUAGAAUCGCUGAAUGGCGUAGAUUCUCAUGAGUUGUAGACAUGUGCUUUGCACACGAAGAGUCUGAAAUUCAAGCAGAUUACCCUGGCUCGCUAGAACCCAUAAAAUGAUAUUGUGUGGAUUACUCAUAUAUUACAGCAAUCUGACCAUUUUAUUCCUGGAUGCCGUCAGGCCAGGUCUGCAAACUCUUUGUCCUCAACAACCUAACGAAGGUAUG